GCUACGAAACGCCACCCUCGGUGACUGUAAACGGAUACGUGGAGUGCCUGGACAUGCCGAAGGAGGGAAGAGAGGAGAGAGACGUGAAUUAACAGGCAAUUUGCAUGUUUGUAAAAACAAGAGGACAAAUCAAAAGCCUCCCGAGGAAGAAGAAGAGCUCGUCACAUCAAAGGGAAAGUAACUUUUGGAAAGUCUGUUUUGCGGCUGCUGGAGGAACCACUUGACUGAGAAACUUUGCGUGGCUCUUCCUGUCUGAGAUUCGGCCGCAAUAAAGUUGUGUGGCCCGAGCGGCGCCGGAGCGAAUCGGAGCGGAGCGGAGCCGAGCCGAGCCGAGCCGAACCCGGCUAUGGCCCGUGGGACGCGCCGUGGCCGCGCGGGACUCUGCGACGUUCGUCGCGCGAGCGUCGCCCGCUUGUUCGUGGCGCCGAAUGACCGAUUUGCGAGCUAAAAGUGUUCCUACACGGAGGCUGAAUGCCUCUUUCCUGCCAUUCUUCUCCACCUCUCUUGCGUUUCCUGCUCUGGUCACCAGCCACGGCUUCGAAAGGAACCGAGCAAACCGCAUAAUAACGUGAUCGUGAGCCUGAGCGGCUGUAACGCGUACACAACACAUGAUCAUGAUGAUUUUUAAACGGGAAUCGCUGUACUCGGGACACCUUAACUUAACUUAAGUUAACCUUUACUUGGAGCGGGACUGCAAGCCGCCUCGUCUACUGACCGACCUGUGAUACUUGACUGUGAAAUGUUAGUUCGCUCGUUUGUUUGUUUUUCUUCUUGUGCCCCCCUGACCCUCCGUUCCGCGCUUUUGUCGCUUAAUGCGAAAUGCUUCGCGUCAUUAUUUCCACAUGGACUAGUCGUUCUCGCUCGCGGACUUCGCGGGAGCGUCGCGCGCUCACAGUGACCGCUGUCGCAUCGCACGAAGACGAGCGGGCGCGUGCCGCCGCGGCGCGAAUGUAACGAAGGGAACGCGCGCGCGCGCGCUCUCAGGUUGGACGCGCGACACGCGUUUGCUCGGCGUUUUGCGGCGCCGGCGGUGGCUCGACGCGUCCCGGCGGGAGCCUUUUCCGAGUUUCACGGAUUGACCCCAUGAGCGCGACGCACGCGAGCGAAAGGGAAAUAUGCGCUUCCGAGUCCUCCGUCUUCUCACGCGUACACGUCGAUCCGCAUGAAUUGAAGGCCGAGAAUGGAGCCGCUCAAGAAUAUCUUCUCUCUGUCCAGCUGGAAAGGUGUGGAACAGUCACGCACGGGGAACUUCACGAACCCCCUGUGGACCGCUUUGUUCGACUACGAAGCGGCCGGGAAGGACGAGCUGACCCUGCGGAAGGGCGACCUGGUGGAGGUGCUGUCCCUGGACUCGGAGGUGUCCGGGGACGAGGGGUGGUGGGCCGGCAAGGUCAAUAACAAAGUGGGCAUCUUCCCUUCGAACUACGUCUCCUUGAAACCGAGCCGCUACGGGACCCUGCAGGACCGCGCCGUGGUCGGGCAGCUCGGUCCGGCGGCGGCGAAAGACCACGAGCCGCAGGAGGUGGACUUCGCCGAGCUGAGCUUGGAGGAGGUCAUAGGAGUGGGUGGCUUCGGCAAGGUCUACCGUGGCAACUGGAGGGGGGAGCUGGUGGCCGUGAAGGCGGCCCGCCGGGACCCGGACGAGGACAUCAGCGUGACGGGCCAAAACGUGCGCCAGGAGGCCCGGCUCUUCGCCAUGCUCACCCAUCCCAACAUCAUCACCCUCAAAGGGGUGUGCUUGCAGGAGCCCAACAUGUGUCUCAUUAUGGAGUACGCUUCAGGCGGGCCCCUGAGCCGGGCCCUGGCCGGGCGGCGCAUCCCUCCGCACGUUCUGGUGAACUGGGCGGUGCAGAUCGCCCGGGGGAUGCUGUACCUCCACAGCGGGGCCAUAGUGCCUGUGAUCCACCGGGACCUCAAGUCCAACAACAUUCUCCUCGCCCAGCCUAUAGAGAAUGAGGACAUGGAGGGGAAGACCCUCAAAAUCACAGACUUUGGACUGGCACGUGAGUGGCAUAAGACAACCAAGAUGAGCACCGCGGGCACUUAUGCCUGGAUGGCGCCUGAGGUGAUCAAGUCGUCCACCUUCUCCAAGGGCAGUGACGUGUGGAGCUAUGGCGUGCUGCUGUGGGAGCUGCUGACUGGGGAGGUUCCCUACAAGGGCAUUGAUGGUCUGGCUGUGGCCUAUGGAGUGGCUGUCAACAAACUCACGCUCCCCAUCCCUUCCACCUGCCCCGAGCCUUUUGCACAGCUGAUGACAGAGUGCUGGGACCAGGACCCCCACCACCGGCCCAGCUUCGCCUCCAUCCUGUCUCAGCUCACUGCCCUGGAGCAACAGGUCCUGGAUGAGAUGCCCCAGGAAUCCUUCCACUCGCUGCAGGAGGACUGGAAGCUGGAGAUCCAGAGCAUGUUCGAUGAGCUGCGGGCAAAGGAGAAGGAGCUGCGGUGCCGCGAGGAGGAGCUCCAGCGGGCCGCUCUGGAGCAGAAGUCCCACGAGGAGUUCCUGCGGCAGCGCGAACAGCAGCUCGCUCAGUGGGAGCAGGAUGUGUUUGAGCGUGAGCUCAGCCUACUGAUCCUGCACAUGAACCAGGAGAAGCCUAACGUGAAGAAGCGCAAGGGCACCUUCAAAAAGCACAAGCUGAAGGGCAAGAACGGCGAGAAGAUCAGCAUGCCGCAGGAUUUCAUCCAUAAAAUCACAGUGCAGGCUUCCCCAGGGCCGGAGAAAAGGAAUUUUCCAGACGUGGGCUCGGGAUCCUCUCCUUCUUUUGGCCCCCGCUUUCGGGCCAUCCAGCUGAGUCCCAGCGAGAGCAGCAGGCCUUGGGGUCCGCCCUCCGUGUGGCCGCCGGAACCCGCGGCCCACAAGCAGCCCGGCGAGGAGCACCGUUUGGGGCUGCACUGGAACCAGCAGAGUCCCAAGAGCCCACGCAGACCCAAAGUGCUGCGCCUCAACUCUCAGGACUGCGGCCUUUCUAUGAGGGCGAAGCUCUUGGAGCUGGACAGCAAUCAGAAUGGAAACUCGAAGAGCGAUUUGGAGGAGUACAGACCUCCGACCCCGGAGUCCCAUCUAAACGGGUUCUCUCUGAAGGAGACCCCUCGGACUAGUCUACCUCACGGGGACUCGGGAAGCGAGGAGGGGUCCCCGCGCUGGCCCCACCACUCCCCGGCAGGCUCACCUAGACCAGAGCGCAGCUCCCCCGGGGGUCUUCCGAGGAGCACUCACAAGGCCCUGCUGGACGGGGGCGCUUUGCUGGCCUCGGUAGCCCUCGGACGAUGCUUGGAAGCACCCCCCAAAGUGCCGCCUCGACCGAGCCUCCAUCCUCCGGAGGCUGAGCAGCCGCUCCCAACGGUGUCUUUAUUCCGGGACCCGCCCACUGUGGACGACCUCAUCACCUUUAGCCAGACAGAGGUUCUCCCCACACCUGCCUGUAACUUGGCCUUGCAACCCGCUAUUCCACCUCUGCAGGCCUGGGGCACGCAGGGUCAGGGAGGUCCUGAACCUCAGCAAGAGCAAGCGAAGUUCUCCCCAAAGGACUGGGUUGCUGUGGAGCCCCAGGCCAACGGGGAACAUGUGUCCAACCCCUGGAGUCCAGGCGCAGACAGGAGGAGGAAACCGAGUCAGGAUCUCCUUUCCGCUCAUUUAGGUGGCGACCUGCCCAUGUGCUCGCAAGACAUCCCAGAGAGAGACGGCCGCACAUCCCCUGCGCCCCCUCUGCUCCCAAAUCCUCGACUCUGGAGCCCCAAGGCACGGCGCCUGGAUGUGAACGUUGUUCCGCGUCCGCGCCCGUCCCCCGUCAGGCCUCGCAUUGACCCCUGGAGCUUCAUCUCAGCUGGCGGUGCGGGACGGGCAAGCGGGCGCGCCGCCGCCGCCGCCACCGCCGAACCGGACGGGCCCUUCCGCAAUGCCCCGGGGCGCCAGCCGUCCCCCACGAACCCGUUUGCGAACUGCGAGCCGUUCCCUCCCUCGGACUGCGACCCCUUCGCCCGCCUGGUGGACCCCAGCGGGACCGCGGACCGUGCCUCUGACGACCCCUUCUCCGUCCCCUUCGGCACGUCCCGCUCGGCCCCCGCCUCCGCCAACGCGAGUCCCUCCUUGUCUGCCCUCAGGGUGGCCCCCUUCUCGCCAGCCCUCGACUCCCCUUUCCUUGACCUCGGCUGGACGGGCAGAGGUCCGCUCUUGGACGCCGCCAAAGAGAAGGAGCGUCAGAGGCGGCAGCUGGCUGUAGGCCUGGAGCCCUGGAAGUCUCCGGCGCACCUCAGAAACGAGCGCUUCUGACAACGCCCCACAGCCCCGUCGAGUGCAAAGUGUUCGAGGAAGCGGCAAAGUGGAACGUGGCGCCGAUUGUUCGAUCCCCAAAACUGGAAUGCGUGCACGUUCAGGUCCGCCGCCGUCACGGGCUCUUUGGCCGGAGGCGUCGGGUGCCGGAUGCCGGGCGGCAGGGGAAUUGGAGUCGGAGAAGGAAAUUCGGUUGGAGCCGAGCCCGGCGAAACGGCCGCUUGUAAGAAUUGACCCUUACCGUGACGCACGGAGAUGGCGGAUGUCGGCGUCCGCGCUCCUGCGUGGUUCGGUCCCGACGAGACGGAGCCGGGACUCCGCAUCCCUCGGCGUCUUCGAACGCCUUUCUUAUUCCGCAUUAUGAGCUCAAGUGGCUCCCUUCCUUGCGCGAGCAAAAGGACGGCUGGUUAAGCCGAUAGUUGACGUUUUACCUGACAAAACACAACUGAAAUGUGCAGUGCUGUCAGACUGUGCGAAUAGCAGAACUUGGACUAACGAUUCGCUGAAUAUUUUGGGGACACGGAAUAAAACACUGGAAUCAUAUUUUGCAGUGGGACCAAGAACGCAAUAUUAGAGGCCAAAUGUUUGCACUUUGAGGGAGUGACACAAUUUGCAGAGAGAAGCAAUAAGACAAAUUGGUGACGGAAUACGCGGAAGAUCCCGGCAAAUAAAAUACACAUUCCUUUUUAAAUUAAGCUGUUUUUAAAGAUUAUUACUGUUGUUAUCCACAGUUUUAGCUCAGGGAUGGGCGGUUCUACUCGUAUGAAAAAGCAGUACAUUUGUUUGUGAUACACGCAUUUCUGUAGCUUUUAUCCCAUUUACUUGAACCUGGAGUAAAAUACACUUAAAAUACACUUGGAGUAAAGUACACUUGCCUGUUUUUUUUCUUUUUUAUUUUA